AUGGUUGCAUGCCAGGUCUGGACUAAAGGCAAAUUGAAUGAAACUGAAGCUUUUGAAGGAAGUAACCAAUACAAGCUAUUCCGAAAUAUUAUUUAUCGUGAUAUUGAAUGGUUCGAUAAAAAACCUACUGGAGAAGUGUAUGCAUACCUGGAUAAACAUCUGAAUAACAUACGAUAUGGCAUCAGUAAUAAAAUACCGGAUUUUCUCACCACACUGUGUUAUGCGCUUGGAUUGAUCGCAUUUGCCGUAAUUCUUGGAUGGAAACUAGCGUUACUAUCUUUGAGUAUCGCACCGCUAGUGAUUAUUACAGUAUCCGUUACGGGCAUUGUAAUUGUCCGUUAUAUGGAGAAAGAAUUACUAGUGUACAGUUAUGCCGGAAACAUUGCACACGAAGUGUUAUCAGCAAUAAGAACAGUAACAGCAUUCAAUGGUCAACAGAGAGAAGCAGAGAGGUGCGGAAAGUAUAUAGUUUGGACAAGAAGAAAAGAACCAUCUACUGAAGGAAGACUCACUUUUGGGUACUUCCCAAACGUUUUCUCGUGCUCUUUCGAAUACUACGGUGAGGAAAAGUUUUAAGCCUGGGCAGAUACAAUUACUUUCAUCCCAACUUGAAAGGACAAUAAACAUUCAUCAUUAUUAUUCGUUCUAGGUAAGGAUUCCCAUUAGCGAUAAAACGGGAGAUAUACUGAGGUAUUUUAUGUCCUAAUCAGCGCUGCUUCAUUUCCUACUCAAGUUUUUGCAAGAGACAAAUUGUCGAUUCACUGAUGAUCAGUUUUUUUGUGAUGCACUGAGUUUUGCAUCAUAAGAAAAAAAACUUAAAACAAAGGGUUCUCUUGGAAACGCAAAGGAGUCUAAAAACCGAAGUGUUUUCAAGAACAAUUU